AAAGUGAAUUGGUUCCUAUAAAAAAGGUAACUAUGGAAAAUCUCUCCGUCCUGCUAAUAUGCGCCGUGGCGCACGUAAUGCUCGCUUCGGUUUUCUCCGUCGCCGGCUCGACAGUCACAGCCUACCCUCCUCCAUACGGACUCGACAGCGCCGCUAGCUCCGCCAGCUUCCAUUCUUCAUCUGCUGAUAAUCUCGUCCCCGUUCGUCGUGAGGUCUACGGAAAUGGUCGGAUCUUCGAUAUCACUCACACUUUACGCCCUGAAAUGCCGUCCUGGGGUUCCGAAGAGGGACUCGGUCAGUUCCUGUGGCUGCCGAAUAGUAUGAAGAACGGUUCUGAGGCGAACAACUCCGAGAUGAAGCUCCCUACUCACACCGGUACUCAUAUUGAUGCCCCUGGCCAUGUGUAUGAUCACUAUUUCGAUGCUGGCUUCGAUGUCGAUACUCUUGACCUUGAAGUUCUCAACGGUCCUGCAUUGGUAGUUGAUGUUCCGAGGGACAAGAACAUAACUGCUGAAGUGAUGAAGUCCUUAAAUAUUCCGAAGGGAGUGAAGCGAGUACUUUUCAGAACACUGAAUACAGACAGGCGUCUUAUGUGGAAGAAAGCAUUUGACACAAGCUAUGUGGGAUUCAUGAAGGAUGGAGCACGGUGGCUUGUGGACAACACUGACAUUAAACUUGUUGGAAUUGAUUACUUAUCUGUUGCUGCAUAUGAUGACCUGAUUCCUUCCCAUCUAGUUUUCCUCAAAGACAGGGAAGUUAUUCUUGUGGAAGCCCUGAAGCUUGAUGGUAUCGAACUUGGGAUAUAUAAUGUUCACUGCUUACCUUUGCGGAUGCUUGGUGCCGAGGGAUCACCCAUUAGAUGCAUUCUCAUAAAGUGAAAUUACUUGUAACUGCUGCAGAAACUGGCCGGCAACCGAGAAGAGCUUGAAGCUGUGCAAGUAAAGUUCAAAGUGCCAUCAAAAGAUGAUUUCAUAAGGACCACAUUUGUAGCACGGAUGGCAUUCCUUGGGUGAGAGAUGUUGCAAUUGGGUACAAUUCUAGCUAGGACCGACUUUGUUAUUAUUUUUACUUGUUAUAUCUCAGUGGAUGUGUUGCUCGUAGCUGAAGAAUUGGGGCAGGGAGAAUGAACCCUUGCACCUUAAAAUAAGCCAUGUGCGUCACAACUGGGCAUGUUUAGCUUUUAGGUUGCGCAUGCAGAGCAUCAAAGCAACGAGACUAAAUAUGCUCCCAUUGUUGUGGAUAUAUGUAGGCAUACUAAAGUUCAACUUCUUUAUAAAGUGGAGGUUUUACGAUUGGUUUGC